AUGCCACCAAAAAAUAAAAAAGAAUUAGAAUUAGAAGCAUAACGUUUAUUAGAAGAAUAAUAAAAGCGCGAAGAAGAAGAACGCCUAUAAAAAGAAGAAGAUAGAAAAAAAUAUGGAAUAAGGUAAUUAGAAACAGGACUAUAAUGUAUUUUUACAGAUUAUUACAUCAAAGAAUGUUCAUAAACAUGUGAAGAUAUUCGAAAAUUCACUAGAGAAUAUUUAGAAAAUCAUUAUUUUAAUGAAAUUGGUAUAAAUUAGAAUUUCCGAGAAAUAGAUUGGAAAAGUCUAAUUGAAUUUAACUUAUAUAAUUUAUUAUUUGCAAAGCAUACAGUAAAUAUGAGUGAUUAAUAGGCUAAAAUAUUCAUUAAUAUUAUGUUUUAAGUAUAUAUAUAAGAUGAUUUGAAAUUCGAAAAAGUUUAAAUAGAUGAAAAUUUAGAAGAAAAAGAAAAAGAAGUGUUUUUAGAAGAUAUAGGAAAUAGAGGAAGAUGA